AUGAUUAUAUAACAAAAUGAAGAGCCAGACAUUUUUUAAAGACAGGAAUCGAAUGACACCGAAUAGAAACUAAAAAGUUCAUAUGUGUCUAACGAUUUCAAUGAGGCUGGGGGUGGGAGUCCAUAAAACUCAGUGGAUCUGAAGUAAUUGCAAGCUCCCCAAAUCAAUCAAAUACCCAAGGUUAUGGUGAAUGCGAGCAGUUAUCAAUCAAUCCCUAUGAGUUCCCAAUUUCGAUAUCAAGAAGAUCAAUAAUCGCAAAAGAUGAAGACGGGACCCAGUGAUCAAUCAAAGAUCACCCCAGGCUAUACGAAAUAUAUGAUUGAGGAAUCAAAUUAGUAAUAUGAUUACGUAAGAGGGAUGUUCACAGAGGAUGAAAUUAAGGAGGCAUUCAAUUUCUUGGACAUGAAUAAGGACGGAGGGAUAACUUCUGAGGAUUUAUCAUUCUUCUUGGAUUUUAUUGGUGAGAAGGCAACAUCUGAGGAGAUAGAAGAAAUGAUAAGAAUGUGUGACAAGGAUGGGAGUGGAGAAGUAAAAUUUGAAGAUUUUAAAAAUCUAGCUGGUGGCUGGUCAUUGCCCACUUUAGGAUAGGCUCAUCCACCAACAAAGGAAUUAGUGGAAAAGCGUACUUAAAUCAAUUAGACUAUGAUGGAGAAGGAGGUGUAGGAGGUUGCCAGAAAAGGUAAAAUCACUCCUGACAUGGUUGAACAAAUAAGGAAGAAUGAAUUGACCAGUCCACGAUUUGGUUAAGACGAAUAGUCCAAACUUAUGUUCUAGUCAAUCAACAACAUAGCAUCUCAGAAGAAAUAGAGACAAGUCAUAGGGUAGAAUCUCAAGGUAAUUCGAUCUGAAGAGGGUUAAAUAACUCAAUAGACGAAACAGAAGUCUUCGUUGAGUCAAAGGGAAAUAAUGCUGUAGAGGAAAAAUAAUGCGAUGAGGUUCGUAAGAGAGAAGAAGAUCGAUCAAGCCUAUAUCUUGGAUGUUUUUGAGAAAAUUAAUAAGCUAGACAUCAUGGAAUCAUGCACUUAUGAGGAUUUCAUUCAUUAUCUGGACAUUUUAGAUAAUCACCAAUCGAAAUUGCUAUUUAAUUCAAUGAAUGAAAAUCCAGUGAGGGAAGAAUAUGUUAAGAGUUCGGAUAAUGUCAUCGUGGACUAGAUUGUCAAUUUGAAAAACACUCUUCUUACUUUGCUGGGUUAAACCAACUGCAGGAAACAUGAUAAACUUGAGAUUGCGUACUUGCUCCAAGAUUCGAAUCAACAAGGGUACAUUUUCUUAGAUGAUUUGAUAUCUUUACUAGUCAAUUUGUAUUGUAUUUCUGAGGUUGGGAUAAUCGAGUAAAAGAUAUUGAAGAUGACUGCGAAGAAGGGGUUGAAGAAUAGAAAGGAUACGAUAAAGAAGGACAUCUAUAUUAGUAUGGUGAAUGAAUAUGGAUAAGUAUUUGAACCAAUUUGA